UCGUUCGCGCAGCUGUCACUAAAAAAGUGAAAGAAUAAAAUUCUGAUUUCUCCUUUUAAAUUCCGUUUAAAAAUGUCCCAGCGAAUAUUUUCUUAUGUCAAUAAUUCUCAACUAAGGAGCAAGUUGUUUAGAAACAUUCCAAAACGAAUAGAAUCAUCAUUUCUACCGAUAAAUGUAAAAAUUUCAGCAUUUUCAUCACUAUCCUCAAACUGUGUACACAGUCCUACACAAAAUGUACAGAGUGGUCGAGUUCAUAGGCCAAGUCUUGGAAAAGUGGAAGGUCGUUCUUUAUCCAAGUCAACAGACUACAAGAAAUUUGGUGUAAGAAGUUUUUACACCAACUCAAGAAUUUGUCGUGCAUACAGCACAUAUUCAGGAAGCCGGGAUCUCCUUGACAUUGAACCAAAUGAAUUUGUUAAAUUUUUGAAGGAAAAGAAUAUCCAGCGCUGUUACAUGGUGCAUGAUCCUGAUUUGGAGAAGCCAGUAGUUUCACAUCGAGAGCUCCAGGAAUUUGCAGAGUUCUUUGCCCAAGAUAAAAUAGAUUAUCGUCAACAUGAGGGUGUUUUCAUGGAAAUUGGACCACGUUCGAACUGUUUGCUUGGAGCCUUUGUGUGGAACACAAACAGAGGGCAGGCUUGUGGUGGAAUUCGACUGUGGCAGUACACAAAGAUGGAAACAUAUAUCCGGGAUGGGCUACGAUUGGCGUUUGGGAUGGGAGUGAAAUCAGCCCUGGCAGGACUUUGGGCUGGAGGUGGCAAAGGUGUCGUCGCUGAGCCUCUUGGAAUGAAACACCUUGAUCCUGAAUUCCGUGAAAAGCUCUUCUAUGAUUAUGGAGAGCUGCUGUCUUCACUGAAUGGAUGCUAUGUGGCUGCAGAAGAUGUUGGAUUGAAUGUGGCUGACUUGAACAAUGUUCACCUGAAGACGCGGUAUACUACAUGUAUCGGUGAAGACCUGGGUGGAUCUGGGAACCCGUCCAUAGCAACCGGCAAAGGUGUGGUGAGUGCAAUGGAAGGUGCCAUCGAUUUUCUGGAUAUGGGAAGUUUGAAUGGAAAGACAGUAGCCAUACAGGGUGCAGGAAAUGUUGCUGUGGUUAUCAUAGAGGAGCUCCUUGAGAGAGGUGUCGGACACAUCUAUGUAUCGGAAUGCAAUCAGCUGAGACUGGAGGAUGCACAGGAUCUGUUCAGGGGAAAGGCUGAUGGUCGUCUUACUCUGAUGAAGGUGCCACUAGAUGAUACAAGUAUUAUGGAAUACGACUGUGAUAUACUGUCUCCUUGUGCUCUUGGGAAUUGUUUGAACAAGGACACCAUUCCUAAAAUCGGUGCCAGAAUCAUCUGUGGCGCUGCCAAUAACCAACUUGGCUGUGAUGACGAUAAUCAGCUGUUGGCAGAUCGAAACAUCACAUAUGUCGUGGAUUUUCUUGCAAAUAGGAUGGGCAUUGUGAACUGUGCCAAUGAGGCCUAUGGUCGUCUGCCUGAUGAUCCAGCGAUAGACAGACACUUCACAGAAGACUGGGAGAAUUCAAUUUACCACAUGACAAAGAAAAUCCUGCAGAAGGCUGAGGAGGAAAAAAUCACGCCACACAAAGCCGCCAUGGAGAUAGCGGCUCACAUGAGUCGGCAGCUCCACCCAAUAUGGCCAAAUCGGAGCCAGAAAAUCAUCCGAUCACUUGUUGAUAUGGGAUGGCAUCGUGGAGAUGACUACUGGAGGUCAAGCUUGAAUCAUCCUAUAGGUUCAACUGAGAGGUUGUAAACAUGGAGAUCACUGUUGACUUACCAUUAAGGUUUAACUGGGAGGUCAAUUUGAAGGUCAAUAUUUAAUUACUGUUCAGGUCAACUGAGAGAUUUUAAAACAUUUGAAUGUCAGUGUUGAAUUUCCAUGGAGGUUCAGCUCGGAGGUUGGAAACUUUUGAAAAUUCUAAAUUAUACAAAACAAUACAAUGCAAAGUCUUUGUACAUGUAUGUAGUCGUUUGCCCUGCUCAAAGCACUGUUCUCCUCAUUCUCACAACUAACUAAUUAUUGUAAUGUAAUGCACUAGCAAUGCAUGGGAUCCAUGAUCAUAACUUGUUAAUAUUAUCUCUGACAUGUCUAAUGUUAUGUUUGUGGACCUCCCUUAAAUAUUUAUUUUGUGCGUGUGCAAUCUCGGUAGUAACUCUAGCUACGAUUUUUGUUUAUUGAGAACUGAUAA